UUUCUCACUUUUCUCCUCACCUCACUUGACCCGCCACAAACGGAAACCGCCGCCGAAGGCCAAACUCUAGCGGAAAAAUCAACAGUUUCCGCUCUGGGUUUGGCUACUCAAAGAAAAAGAUAAUAGAAAUGGUUAACAAAAAAAAGACUAAUGUGGAUAGAAAGGACACAGUAAAGUGGACAGAACGGUGGGACGACUUGUUUGUUGAUGCACUUGUGCUACAACAAAGCAUGGGAAAUAGAAUAGAUAAGAAUUUCACAACAAAAGCAUAUGAUAAUACUGUGAAGGAACUACGUGAAAAGAUUGGCAAGCCAUUUGAAAAAGGUCACUUGAAGAAUCGCUUGAAAACUCUUAAACAUAAUUUCCAUGAAUGUUAUGACAUUUUCAAGGACAUGAAUGGUUUUACAUGGAGCCCAGAGACAAAAAUGUGGAAUGCAAAGCCUGAGGUGUGGAAGGCAUUGAUAAAGGCAAAACCUGAUGCCAUAAAAUGGAUGACUACACCUAUUAGCAACUACAAUAAGUUGUUGUUGCUCUUUGCAAAAAGAAGGGAAAAUGCAAAGGGUUUGAAGAUGGAUGCACACCGAGGUAGUGCCUCAGGAAAUGAAGGCUUAUGUGAUGAUAUCAAUCAAGUCAUGUCACAGAAUGAAAUUACUCUUAAUCUGGAGGACUUGAAUGGUAUGAAUGGUGGUACUAAUCAGUUACCUCCUCCUGUUGAAUCAAAUUCUCAGUCAGAUUCUCGACCACCUUCUCAAUCUGCUACAUCAUUGAAAGGCAAGAAACGGAAGGCACCAAGGGAUGAAUUUGAGAGAAAUAUUUACCAAAAGAAAAAAGAUGUUUUUGAGAGAGAGUUUGAAAGCAUAAGGGAAGCAAUACUAGAUGUUGCACAGGCGAUUAGGGAGGGGAAUGUUAUUGCAGAAAGAGGCCGACCGCGUGUGUAUACAGAACAAGAAGUUUUCACAGAAUUGGUGAAAAUUGGUGUUGAUGUGCACUUGCGCUAUAAGGCCUACACUUUCCUUGUUGCAAAUGCUGGAAGGGUGAGGGCGUUCUUUGGUUGCCCAGCUGAGGAACGUAAGGAACUUUUGCUCCACAUGAUGCAUAGUCCCCCAGAAGAAUCUUAAUGAUUUUCCAUGGUUGUUGAUGGGGCUUUUGUAAAUGCUGUGAAGGCUGGCGUAUGGUAGUACUCUUUGAUGACUUCAGAACUCUCUAAUACAGCUUAGGAGUUUUCUUUUCUUCUUAUGUCUCAGUGUGGGAGGGAAAUAUAUUGAUAAGUAGAAAUCAGGUUGAUUUGUAAGUUCAGUUGAUGUCUGUACCAGGCAUUGAAUAGGAUACGGUUGUAGUAGCUUUAUCUAUUUUGAUCAAUUGUUCUCCUUCUUUACAGUAGAACCGGAUACAACACGAUAUGUGAGUUCGAUGUUAGAAUUAGCUUUUAUAGGGGUUCCUUGUAUGAUUAAUAGAAAAUAGAGUCCCCUUGAGUGGCUCAUUUGUA